AUGUCGUCCACAACUACUCAGACCUCUUGGUUCAUUACCGGAACUUCCCGCGGAAUCGGCUUGGAACUGGUCAGACAGCUCGUCCAGUCCCCGUCGAACCUCGUUGUCGCGACGUGCCGCAACCCAGAGAAAGCGACCGCGCUCGCCGCCCUGAAGAGCGACGCGAAGGGCACGCUGCACAUCAUCCCGCUCGACGUGAGCAGCUUCGACGACGUCCGUGCGCUCCCAAAGCAGCUCGAGCCCAUCCUUGGGGAGACCGGGCUUGACUACCUCGUCAACAACGCCGCCAUGGCGGUUUGGGACACGGCGUUCACCAUGGACCCCGACGCGCUCCUGGCCACCAUACGCACGAACACCGCCGCGCCCGCGCUCAUCUCGCAGGUCGUGCUCCCCUUCCUCGAGCGCGGCCGCGCGAAGAAGAUCCUGCAUAUCACGAGCACGGGCGGGAGCAUCGGGAGCGUGGACUCGGACCGGAUGCAGGACCAGUACCGGAAGGUCACGUCGUAUGCGAUGAGCAAGACUGCGUUGAAUAUGCUUGCGUAUAAGCAGAAGGUGGAGCGUCCGGACCUUGUUGUGAUCACGAUGUGCCCUGGCUGGGUCAAGACGGACAUGGGCGGCUCGGACGCUGCUCUCCAGCCUGAGGAGAGUAUCAGCGGCAUCCUCAAGGUCAUAACCUCGGCAACCUCCGCGGACAGUGGGAAGUAUUUGUCGUACAAUGGGGACGAGAUCCCGUGGUAG